GGCCAGCCGCGACCCGCGGAGAAGCUGCAUCACCUUCCUCGCCCGCCUGGCCUUCCCCGCCGACACCAUGCUGCAGUUCCUGCUUGGAUUUACUUUGGGCAACGUGGUUGGAAUGUAUCUGGCUCAGAACUAUGAUAUACCAAACCUGGCUAAAAAAAUUGAAGAGAUCAAAAAGGACUUGGAAGCCAAGAAGAAACCCCCUAGUUCCUGAGGCCCCUUCCAGCACUGCAGUCUGGAUACAAUGAUU